GUUCAAAUUCUAUUGCAUUCUACUGUCUGCCGGUGUCAUAUUUACAUUUCAUUUUUAAGUUUCAUUAUACAAUUCGUUUUCGUAUACACAUAAUAUACACUGAGUUUGUCAAAUUUUGAAUUUCGUAUUCCAUCCCUUUUUGAACUGAUAAUAAUACAAUAGAUGGCAACACCGGUGAACCAACCAUCAACCCCAAUAUAGGUUGAUCGAUAUUUUCGAUUAUUUUUGGUCUACACUGGUAUUAUUCAGCAAGGGUGUGACCAUAGCGAGUGAAUAAGUGUAAAAGGAGUUGUGUAGAUGUGAAAUUUUCUUGCAAAAUUAUUUGUUAGAAACUAUUUUGGAUUACCAUUUGAGGCCGACAAACUAAACAGUGACGAUGACUUAAUUCAAUUGAUUCAGUGAUUCUGUAACGAAAUAGGUCGAGGUAGUGUGUGGAGUGGUUCGUAAAACAACCCUCAAUUUUUGUGCAAAUUUUAUUUACGGAAUUAAAUCUAAACACAAUGAGGUCGACUGUCGAUGAGCAAUAUAAAAUACCUCUAAUAGCAAAGCUAUUGCAUACAUUGCCACAUUACAAUAUCACAUUUCAUAGGACCAAUAGUACAUUUAGACCAACAGAUGAAGUGUAUUUAGAGAGUUUAGGAAUUUUGGGCUCGGUUCCUGCAGCUUUGCUCAUCGUGUCGUUGUUUGGAUUACUUUUAUAUUUACUUACACGGUGUUGUGAUCGUAAGCCCAGACCAGCCCAUUCCAUUACUAGCUUGAAAGUAACCCUAUCCGUAGUGACCGUGUUAUGUUGCGCUGCUAUUGGUUUAGGACUCUACGGCAAUGAUGAUUUACACAACGGACUUCUAGAAGUAUUGACAGCCGGUCGGAAAGUGGAUAACAUUAUUUCAUCCGUGCGCAAUCAAACAAAUAUUCUGGAGAACACAUUGUCUCAACGAAUACGACCACAAUUGGUUGAAUUAGCGGAUAUAUUCGAUCAGCCUGCGUCGAAUCAAACCGCCUUGUCAUUGCUAAUUAUUUCUUUGAAUGCGGUACAGGGAAAUGUGACGGUCGCUACUAAUGCUGCUGGAGAUAUUAGACGUCCACUGAUGGGAAUAACAAUGUCUUCCUUCCUAGCAACCGGAGACAAAUGGGAACUGAUCAGAUGGCCUGGAACAGUAGCUGUACUCGCUCUAUUGCUGGUACUGUGUGCUGUUUUAUUGGUGGGAGUGGCUCGUCACUCUCGAUGUGCGUUGAUAUUAUUCAGUGUUUGUGGAUUGCUAGCAGUAACUGGCUCUUGGCUGAUGUCCGGUCUGUAUUUAUCAACAUCUGUUGCCGUCGGAGAUCUUUGCAUGGAUCCAGCUGAUUAUCUGGUUUCCGAAGCACCCAAUGAACUUCCCACUGAAGUUCUGUUGUACUAUACGCAAUGUGAAACAGCUCGCUCGAAUCCGUUCACCCAAAGAUUACGCGAGUCACAAAACUCAAUCAACAAUGCCAGAUCGGCGAUGAAUAUUGUAUCGAAAAUUUCGCUGGUAUUGUUCAAAUCAUCUGGACUACAGCCCAAAUUAGGUGCCGUGAUGGCCGAUUUAAACAUAAGCGAACGACUGCUAACGCAAUUGACUGCAGUCGUCGAUUGUCGAAUCGUACAUUACAGCUACUUGGCUGCCACACGAGGUUUAUGCGAGGGAGGACUGCUGGGACUCGUUCUAAUGUUGAUUGCCAGUUUUACGGCUGCAAUUCUACUGACUGUGAUGGUGUGGGUGGAUUCUCAUACAUGGAUUUAUAUAAGAAAACGGAACGAGUAUGCCCAAGUAGAUGAACCAACUUAUAUAUCACAUCAACCCGUACCCAAUCAUCAGACAAUGGCAAGGACAUUGCCUCGAAAUCACAAUAAUGGCCCUCCUGCCAUCAGUGGAUCUCAUACGUUACAAUAUCCUCGAAACAAACAGCAAGAAAUUUUGGCUGCUCAACAGCAUCAGCAGCAACAACAAAAUAUGCGACAGCUUGGCACACAUACUCUUGGACGUUUGCCAUCACAUAAUCACAGUCCACACCAUGGUGGCGGAGGAAAACACGGACCAAACAAGACCAACGGUAAAUAUGCUACCUUGAGCAAGCAAUGCAAAACACUGGAAGCGAAUGACUUCUACUGAAAAUCACCAGCCUGUAGCGACACAGGGCCUCCUCAUUAUUCUCAUUCGCAGCAACCUCCUAUAAU